CCGGGUUAAAGGCGGCUGCUUGCCUGGCCGCUGCUCCAGCCUCCGCUCCUUCGCUCCGCUGUGAUGGCCUCGUCGCCACUCCUUCCGUUCCUGCCUUUCCUGCUGCUGCUGCUGCUGCUGCUGCUGCUGCCGCCGGAGGUCCCCGCGGCGGCGCGGGCGUCCCCGCUGGAAACCCUCCCCGAGGGGGCGGCCGCCUGCGAGGCUAGGGGCCUGUGCCUGCAGGUGCCCCCCAGGAAGUCACAAGCCCCGCCUGUCAACGUGAGCCUCUACUACGAGACGCUGUGCCCCGGCUGCCGGGCCUUCCUGGUCCGAGAACUCUUCCCAACCUGGCUGAUGGUACUAGAGAUCCUCAAUGUCACACUGGUGCCCUAUGGAAAUGCCCAGGAACAAAAUGUCAGCAGCGGGUGGGAGUUCACAUGCCAGCACGGUGAGGAGGAAUGCAAGCUGAACAAGGUGGAGGCCUGCCUGUGGGACCAGCUAGAGAAGAACUUGGCCAUCCUGACCAUUGUCUGCAUGGAGGAAAUGGAUGACAUGGAGAAAAAUCUGAAACCGUGCCUGCAGAUCUAUGCACCAGAGGUGUCCCCGGACACCAUCAUGGCGUGUGCAAUGGGGGACCGUGGCAUGCAGCUCUUGCACGUCAAUGCCCAGCUUACAGAUGCCCUGCAGCCACCCCACGAGUAUGUGCCCUGGGUCGUCGUCAAUGGGAAACCCCUGAAAGAUCCGAGUCAGCUCCUAAGCCUCGUCUGUCACUUGUACCAGGGUGAGAAGCCAGACGUCUGCCAACCCAUGGCCAGCUCCCAGAGGGAAGUCUGCUUCAAGUGACAGCUGGUGCCCGAGAAGGAGCUACUGGAGGAAGAGCAAGAGGGCACCUGUCCCUGUCUUUCCUGAUCCCUGACUCUCAGCAGCUGCUUCCCAUCAUCCAGAUAACUUCUACACAUUCCAUGAAAGCCCAGACUCAGAAUCCGGCCCCCAGAUCAAGCAUCUCGCCCCACUGAGAAUGGUGCUACAUUGAAUGAGUUUAAUAAACACUUCUGGAUUUUGUGA